AUGGAUGAAAGACACUGGUGGUUUGCUACAAAGCUGCAAGAAACUUUUCAUGUCGGGCCCUAUGACAGCCCUACGAUGCUCGAGGAUUUUAUGGCAGAGCAAACCACUCUUGACUACAUUAAUGACUUUUUGGCUCCAGAAGGGCAUACGAAGCUGUUUUUCUACUGCCCUAAAGCAGAUCCGAAUAGUCUUUUGCCUAGAAAGAUGAAUAUAGCUAGCUCGUGUGCAAAGCUUAAGGAAGUCAUGGAUGGAGAGGCGAUCUGUUUGUAUUUCAUUCGUUCUAAUUUGGAGCGCGUCAUCGACCCUACGUGCGUAGAGAAGGAGGUGUUUUGUGGCGAGAUCAAAGAGAAUCCUUUGGUUCAUUUUAGUUCGUUGCUCUCUGAGAUAUUUUCUCCGAUUCUACACGCACAGAAAGAUUGGGGUCAUUCUUCUGAGGAAGAAGUUUCGCACUUUUUAAACCAGUUAGACAAGUACACAAACACUUUGAGUGAGUAUGCUACUGCUACAAUUGCACCUCAGCAGAUUUUAAAAAAACCAGAGUCGCAAGUCACGUCUGACUUUAAACAGAACAGAGCAGCUGCAGUGAAUCCUUCCAUUUUGCUGGAGUACGAGAAUCUUGUUUUGGAUUGGAUUGCGACCAUUGAAAAUAUACUCACUGAUGGACUGGAAGAAAGGUACCAAAAUACAAUCAUUUUCUAUUGCUGGGAUUGGAUGACUUUUUCUGCUGUACUGAUUUUUUUAUUUUUCAGUGUUAUUUUGGGCAAUGGUGAUCAUGAUUGAAAUGGAAUUAAUGAGCUCAGGGGGGCAGAGGGUAGGGGGAGGUGCCUGUCUAGUCAGUCUCCAACUGCAGUAGGUUACCAAGGUAACUCUGAGCAGUUUAUGUUGCCUUUAAUUCAGUGGUCACUAAAUUGGCCAUUGAUGGUGUCAGAACUGUGCUAUACAUGCAGUCUUCGUCCAUUGUGCAGAGUAUGGCUGAACUCAAGGAGAUCUUGUGGGUACAAUUCAUUCUGGCAUGCUGAAUGAUCAUUUGACUAAGAACUUGUAUGUGCACCCACCAGAAUCUGCAGACUGGGUCUUUCUAUAGGGAUGAUGACAACGCAUAUAAAUAUUUAAGAUAACAGAGAAUUCACUGUAUUGAAAAUAUCAUGAAUUUGCUUUGUUCAGCAUAUGCUUUCUUGCAUUCUUCUGCCAGCUGAAAAUAUAAGCUGUGCCAUGAAAUUUUCCAAAGUAGAAGUGAUGAUAAAAGGAACAUGUUGGGUCUGUAUUCGCAAAAUUAGACUCAACUCUGUCCAAGUACCUUGAUAAGUUUGUUCAUGUACUGUGCUUGUAUAUGAGAACUCCAUUACCCCGUGCAAGCUCUGUGCUAUUUAGUGGUAAAGUAUCUAACCAGAGAUUGGAUGGAAGGGACUUCUCUCCCUCCUCACAAAUUACUUUGAUACCCCUCUGUUGUUUUGGCAUCAACCUCCUCAUUAGAGUGUCCUUUUUUCUGUAGUUUUUAAGGCUAUAAAACUGACCAAGGAGGAAAGAACAAAGAGCAGUUUUUUAAUACUUCAACUCCCAUGAGUGACCAAUACAGAAUUUCUCCUUACAAUAUCAAUACAAUUUCAAGCAGACAAGUGAGGAGAAUGAGAAUAUCAAUUAGGGGAUUAUUAGUCUAUUCAAUACCAAAUUCCCCGAGUCAUAGCCUAAAAUUGUGUGGUGGGUAGUAAGGAGAAUUAUCUAUCAGAUCUUGGUAAUUAAAGGGUUAUCUACUAUUCUUCUGUCUUGACUAAUCAAUUAAAAAUUUAAGGUGGGGGGCACCUCUCAUUGAAUGUCUGGAAAAGGUUAUGUGCUGUUUUUAAUUGUUCAAUUGUAUUUGUAGAUUUGAUCCUUUUGCUGGCCCACUCAGUGAGAUGGAUAAGUGGAAACGUAGACAGAAAGUUCUCACAAGUGUCACUGACCAGCUAAAGAGUAAAGAAUGCAAAGGAGUGAUUGCUAUUCUAAUAACAGCUAAAUCCAAAGUACUAAAACGAUGGAAGGCUAUUGAUGCCAGGUAAUGUAUAUGACUGAUGGUAUCUCUAAUAUAAAGAAAAAUUUGAAACAGAUAAAUGAACUCAUCAAUAAAUCUUUUGGGGCUUGAACAAAAGUCUCUACUAAUCAUGUGUGACUGUUGAUCAUGUGAUAUGAUGUCAGGGCAAAGGAAGUCUUGAAAAGGAUUGUUAUCUUGGACAUCAACUGACUUUUUGAUAACUUACGCAGAAGACAUUAUCAUAGUGUCUUGGUGACUUUUGCUCAGGUUGUUGAAACCUCAGUCACAGUCGCUUAACCCUUUAACUUCAAGAGGUGAUUAACAUGUAACUUUUCCUUAUCAUAUCCAUGAAUCAUACAAGAAAAAGGUAAUGAGAAUUCUCAAACUUAUUAGGUUGAAAUUGUUGUCUUGAUCCAACACCAAAUUCUCUGAACUAAUUCACAAAGAGAUGUGUAGCAGCUAAACGAGAGAAUUAACAAUCAGGUCUUGGAAGUUAAAGGGUUAAAGGACUAACCUCGUCCUUUGACUAGUACACACAUUAGAUCACCUUUUCAAAUUGUUCACAAUAUGUGUUUCAGUUUUUUUUUUUUUACAUUUUAUCAGGUUCUCCUUCAAUUAAAAUGGCCUCUCUUUAGUGUGGAUGUCUUUGAAAUUUUAAGGAGUAUUAAAUGGCUCAUAUUAAUUAAUUUUGUUUAUUCAGCAUUACUGAUGCCUUCAAUGAGACUAAAGAUAAAGUGAAGUACUUGGAGUCACUACGUAAGUACUUUGAUCAACUAAAUGUGGGUAACUCACUGGUCAACAUCUGUGGCCAUACUCUUCCUGGACUGAUGGCAAGUGUGAGACAAAUGGAUGCAAUUUCACGAUACUAUGCCAGAAAUGGAUAUCUUGGGCUGCUGUUUUCUAAGGUAAUUUCUGCACUGUGCAUAGUCUGAACUUAUCUAGUACAAAUUUGAUUUGCAUAUGUGGUUACUGCUAUUGUUAUCAUUGAUUUUAUUGAGAAUAAAAUUUUACAGAGCAAUGAAUGAUCUUCAGCGACUAUUAUGUCAAUGAACUGCUAAUAAUUGUACAUGUAUGACAACAAGUUUGUUGUGGAUUGUUGAAUCGUCAGAUCACCAAUCAGCUAGUGCUGGCUGCAAGAGAUUACAUAGAAUCCAGCACUACAAUCUUGGAAGAAGACAAACUUUGGACAAAGAUUCAAGAAGAAAUAGACUCCUCCUCAAGCCAUUCAGCUCACCUAACAAAAUUGAAGGGUAAAAGAAAGGCAAACAAAGAGAUCUUGUUUGGCAGUGAUGAUGGGUUUCUUUCACGGCUUAAUGUUUGUCUCUCCAUGCAUAAACAGUACCGUGAUAUGAUCAGGAGUUUAAGGGAGGGUCUUGGUGGGUCUCACUCUCUUUCUAUGACACCCAGUGUCCUGCAGCCUGGUGGUGCAAAACGGUCUGUGAUCACCAACAGUAAUUCAAACUUGAUGUCACCAAUUGCUGCUGGCAGCCCCAUCAGGCUCUCAUUUUCUCAAAGUAGGUUGAGAAAUAAUGUCUUUGUUUGUUCAACCCAUAAAUCUUUAAUAUUGGGAACCAUAUGUUGCGAUGCUAUUUUCCCUAUUCAAAUUACUUUAAUUUUUCUGCUAUGUACUUUAAUUUAUUUUUGUAUAAGAAAGCAUUUGUUUGUCUCUAUAAUCCCUAAAAUUUUGGAUAUGAUAUCUAUUUUCGAACCAAGAUUGAAACAUUAACUUUGCAAGGUACAUUCUGUACAUCUGAAUUGUGUAAAUUGCACUAUAGUAUAAAUUAGACAAAGUAUCCUGCAAAAUGUGUCAAUGGAAUACCAAUCUUUAGGACAAUCAUGUAUUGUUUGUUAAACUAAGAGCCUUUACUUGCAAAAAAGUUAGUAUAUGUAGUGCCAUUGAAUGAGCCUUAACCCUUUAACUCCCAUGAGUGACCAAGACAGAAUUUCUCCUUACAAUAUCAAAACAAUAUCAACCAGAUAGGUGAUGGGAAUAAAGAAAAAUAUAAAUUUGUGGAUAAUUAGUUGAUUCAAUACUAAAUUCUUUGAACUAACUUUAUAAGAAUUGUCUGGUUGACAGUAAGGAGAAUUACAAAUUUGAUCUGGGAGUUAAAGGUUAAUACUUGUUUUGAAUAUAAUACUGUACUUGUUUAGAAUGUAAUAACCAUGUUUGUGUUUAUGCUCCAGGCACAAAAAUGAAGGGAGAUCAUGAGAGUAUAACCAGUCAUGGAAGCAGUGGCAUUGCCUUUACUGAUGAAGAAUCAAUUAUAGCACACUUGGAUAAUUUUUGUAACCACAUCCGCAGCAUGAUUGAUGUCAUUCACACUUUGUCGCAGUUCUCCAAACUUGCCAAUGAAGUGCAGAACUUGCCUCGUGUCACCGUGGAUGUUAUAACAAACAGUCAUGCUAUGGAAGAUGAUCAGGUCACUAGUGAGAUGCACUUGAAGACAGAUGCUGGUGGACUUAGGCCUGCUGAAGCAGCCGCUUCCAUAGGAAGUGGCUCUGAACACAGCUAUCCAGGUAUAAUGUCUAUGAAAAAUAAAAUUGAUACCAUUACUGUACAUUUACAUUUCCCAUGAACUAAACUGGUCUCAAAAGUGAACAUUGAAGAUCAAAAGGUGAUUGGAUUUAUGUAUGGCUACCCUAGGGGACAAGAUGAAUUUAUUUCCCCCACUGAUCAAGCUUGUCUAGUCAAAAUGGAUAAAUUUCAAUUGUGUUCUGUAUUUUUACAUUUAUUUGAACUGUGACAAAGUUACGAGAACCAACACCCCUAAAAAAGGUACAUGACUGUGUGUACCAUGCUUAAAUAGAGCCAUUUUAACCUUUUGUUUAAACAUUAUUACACCCUAAAACAAAGGAAAUGGAUUUUUAAUUGAAGGAGGAAAUUGAACUACAAUAUAGUUAUAGUUGUAUCUUAGGGCAUCACUCAGAAUUACUGUGCAGCCUGUAUGUUUAUUAUUUGAGGUUUCAAGGUUGCUAAAAAUGUACAAUAAUUUAUCGUGUUGAAUACAUGGGUAAGAUUCCAAAGAAACUGCGGUGCAGCAUUGUUGGGGGGAUUACAAUUUGAAGAUAAUUUGAUUCUAUCACCUUAGUUGAUAAUGUGCAUUGGCCACCAGGAAGAGUUUCUAGCGCUGACAUUUCCAGUGUAAGCCCUUUGUCAUUCACUCUGAUGAAGGGCUAAUGCUUGAAAAGUCAUCUUUAGAAACUCUCUACAGUGGCCAAUUAACAUUAUCAAGUCAGUUGAUAAAACCAGAUUAUCUAAAUUUUCUAGUGUUAGUUUGCUUAUUGCUGAACUACCUUGUAGUAGCAACAUGUAUGAGCUUUACACAAAGCUAUCGUAUGGCCUUGAUGUUUUUAUUUAAGGUUCCCAUGGUAGCAACAAACCAGAUGUGCUAAAGAGCAUGCUAGAGAGCUUAGAUGAAGAGGAAGAGGAAGUGAAAGAAGUAUACAAUUCAGGCACUGAGUUUCAGAGCAUUUCCCAAAUUCUGCUGGAUACGAUCCAUUCUAUAAGAUCCCCAAUGGAGGGUGUUGUUACAACAGAGACCUUCCUUGAUGUGGAAGGCAAAGGCAAAGAAAGAUUUGAAGAACAGUAUACAUCUUUUGUUGCUGGUGUACAACAAAUGGAGAGCUACAUUUGUAAUUAUCUCAAGGUACUUUGUAUGUUAAAAGCAUGUAGCUUUUUAUUAAUAUCAAAAUUAAAGAAACUUGAUUUGAUGCAAUAUCAAUUAAAAGAUAAAACAAAUUUAAUGAAAAGAAGAGUUUGACAACCCAACUAGGAGAGAGCAGAACUGUUUCUAUUUCAUUGGCAAGAAGUUAAACACAAGGUCUUUGAAACACACAUAGACUUCUACCUGUAUUAUUUGUGUAUUUGGUUGUAAACUUACUGAAUUGUACGUGUAAGUUGUAGGGCAGGGCUGGUUUAGAUUCAUUGGAAUAUUUUAACAGGGUAUCAAGCAAUUGGAAAACAACACAAGUUAAUAGUUUUGUGUUUGCAUCACAUACCCAAUGGUACUUGUGCAGUAACUUACCUUAAUUUACUGCGAUAAUCUACAUUUACAUUUUUAUAUCACAGAAGCAUUGAUCAGAUGAUGGCAUUUGAUUGUGUCCAUGUUUUAGGGUGUCUUUGAAUUGAAGUUGAACAUCAAGAGGGCUCUUGAAAUUCUGACAAGGUACAAUUUUUAUGCAGUUUUGCUGUGGGUGUCAGUUGUGUUUUCUUUUGAUUAAUAUGGAUUUAAAAUCAGUGAACAAUUAUUGUUAUUUCCAAUACAAUAAUUAUUAUUUCCAAAAAGAAUACUUUGUGAUAGUGGCUUGAAAUGGAAAAUGUUACAACAAGUUUAAACCUAAUACAUGUAAUGAAGCACUUGUUGCCUUCAAACUCAAAGCAUUUAAUCCAAGUUGGAAAAAAGUUGCCUUCACAAUAGACCCUAACUGUCUGUUUAUUCUCUGUGUUUAUAGUUUUAACUGUGUGAUGAACAGACCUGGUCUCAGAGCUGUGUUGUCAGAAAAAUUCCUUGAAGUGUUUGGCUGGUUUGAAACAGAUUUGGAAAAUGUACAGAAAAUCUAUGAGAGCCAAAAGGUGUAGUAACGCACGUGUUUGAUUGGAAUUUCAGUUGAAAGAAAUAAUUUUCUGUUAAUUCAGUAGAUGUCAGACAUAUGUGCUGUAUGAUUACUUACCUUUACAGUAUUUACAAUGAAUAUCAAUGAAUAUUGUAGUUAGGUUAAGUCAUCCAUUUAGUUAAAGUUUUAAACAUUUAACCUAUUUUGCAUGUCAUGAUUUGGAACACUUAGAUGGAAAAUGCCCACAAGGUCACCAUUUUUGAGAAAGAGGCAAAAUCAUAUGUUUACGUAAAAUUUAUGUAGUUCCAGCUCCAAUCUAAUUUUGUUUUGAUUUUAUACUGACAUUAGAGAUUUACAAUAUACAUGUAGAUCCCUGGACUUUAUGAGAUGAAUUUUUUUUUGUGGUUCGUGUCAUUCAUUGCUAGAAUUGUUCAUGUUAGCUUUUGGUGAAGAUAUGUUUUUUCAAUAUAAUGAGUAUGUGUUUCAUUCUGUGUAAUUUCUAGACAUGAAAAUGUAAAUUUAAUUUUUUUAAAAAUUUUUCAAACCUGUUUGAUUAUCAUUUUUCUUUUUUUCAUAUUGUGCCAAUGGAUACAUAACAAACAAAAGUAAAAAUCAAACUGAUCUGAAAACUUGUAAACUAAGACAAAAAAUGAAUCACAACAUUUAUUUAUAAUGUGCAUUUAAAUACUGAAAACAGGAGAGCCCUCCUCUUGUUCACAACUCUCCACUUGUUGCUGGAGCAAUAACCUGGUCAAGAGGCUUGUUAAAGAAGAUUGAAGAUCCUAUGAAGAUCUUUAAAGAAAACAAAUUUGUGACAUCUUAUAGGGUGAGAUACUAAAUUGAAAAUGGUAAGCAAUUAAAUAAAGCUGAAAACUUAAAUACUUGAUGAGCUGCUGCAAUGGUAAGCUUUGCGACCUGGCUCAUUUGUGUUGGGGUGCUUGGCAACAUGUACUGUACAGUGUAGUACUUAACUUUCAGUGAGCCUCUUUCCACCCUAUUGAUUAUUGUCAUUGAUCAUAGCACCAGCAAGCACACAGGGCUUUGAACAGGUUCUGUAAAACUUGCACAGAGAAACUUGCAAAAAUCUGGGUCACUAUUUUUAAUUUGUUAUUGUCAUGCAUUUCUGUCAAUAAUUAUUAAUCCAAUAAUUCAAUAAUAUGGAAAAGUUAAAAAAAGAGAUGUUAUGAAUGUUACUUUACUUUCAUUGUGGGUAGACAAUUUAAAAAAUUGAAGGAAGUUCUCUCUCAUGUUAACAGGACUUUGGUCGGAUCGUCAAGUUUUACAAUCGCAUUGCUACAGCUUUAGUAAAGUUUGAGAACUUAUGGCUGAGCCUGUGGAAGUCCCGUAUUGACAGCGCAUGCAGUGGACUAAAAGUUUCCCUUCUUGCAUUUCACCCUGAAACAAAACAGCUAGUGGUGAAUGCUGACGGAAGGUAGGACAUGGCCAAUAGGAGAAAAUGGUUCUUGAAAGAAUAUACAGGUUUCUGGAGCUUGUCAGUGGUUCUGUGUUCGCGCAAAACAACUCGUUUUGAUGUACUACCCUGCAGAAUAGGCGCAUUUAUUAUUUAACAAUCUCUGUAAUCUUUAUUCAAUACUCAUAAAAAAGACCUAUGUACAGUGCUUCACUUAAAAAGAAUUAAAUUUAUACCUUAACAUCUGUUAGAAAGAAAAGAAAAAAUCAUAAUGUCUCAAUAUCUCUUGAACUAUAAUCCACGAAAAUGUUUCUCUACUAAUUAUUAUUACUAUUACUAUUAGCAAUCACUACCAAUAUUUAACAUCUUUUCACUAAUUCCUCUUUAAAAUCUGCCAACAACGAUAAAAAACAUUAAAUAGUAGUAAUAAAUAAAAUGCAAUAUUCAAUAUCUUUUCUCUGUUAUUUUAUUAAGGCGCAUUUAUUAUUAUUGUUUUUAUUAUUAUUGUUGUUUGUAAGCAAGCAGAGGCAAGCGCCUUUGUAGCAUGAUGAAAGGAAUUUCUCCUCUUACAUGGAAGUCAACCUUUACAGUUGCCUCGCACUUUCCUUAACUUAUCUGAAAAACACAAACAAAUGAACCGAGAGAGUACUGUUAGAGUCUAAGAAUGGGUACAAAAGAUUAGCAGAGUAGGAAUUUAUACUGUGGAUUUUGAACCGCUUAAUUAACGUUAUCUAUAUUUUCUUUGUUUCUAUUCUCUACAAUUACCCUACAUGUAGGCUUCUUGAACUAAUUCAGGAGAGCAAAUCAUUGAUGAGGAUGGGGAUUCAACUUCCAGAAAGUGCCCUAGACGUCCUUAAACAGGUAGGUGCAGGCUGUCUUACAGAGAUGUAUGUGUCGUCCUUGAUUUGGUCCUAUGAUAUCAGUCCAGCUCUAAAGGCGUCUUCAGUUUUGUUCUGCUGUACCGUAAAUCCUCGAAUUAGAACUUGCUCUCAAAUGUGUAACGUCACCAAAUUAGAGCCACUCUUACUUAACAAAGUGAUGAUUCUCUGGUCAGAUGAUCUCCCUUGAACAGUCAACACCCCGAAAAUCACUUUCGUCACGUGAUUGAAAUGCGUUGGAUUAAUUUAUUUUUGUCAUAGUCAAAUAAAAAAGGUGUAUAUCAUCUGAAGUAACACGUUUAGACUUAUUUCUUCAUAUAGGAGCAUCGACUCAAGUCAUACAAGCAAUCACUAGAGCUGGUUCUACAGGAUUACUACAAGGUUUGUCAGAAUGUACCCUCGGCCCUGUACAAGUUGCUUACACCACACAUGGAAUCUGUCUUGCACUACCUACAGCCGGGUGUGUCCACCCUUAACUGGAGCAGCAUGAAUAUCGAUGCUUACCUACAUCAGGUGCAUUCUGCCAAUUCUAGGCUCAAAGAAGUUGUGGACAGUGUUAAAGAAGUAGUGUCUGAAGGCAUAGAGAGAAAGAUUGAGGAAAUCCGAAGGGUGAUUCUCUUUGAUAAAAAGUUGGCUACUGCUCAUGUUUGGAAUGUGGAAAAGUUUGUGGAAGAAGAAAACAAAGCAGUGACUCAGCAGGGGAAGAGAUUACAUGAAAUGGUUAAGGAAGUAGAGAAUGCGCUGCAGGUAAAGGGAAGAGCCUACUGUUUGUAAUAUUUCUCUGAUUACUGGUCUCUUUAGCAUCUUUUGGCAUCCCUUUAAGCAUCUUUUUAAAGUUUGUCAGUUGUAGUGUCCAUUCGGCAUCGUAAUGCUGUACUAUUCAAUGACCGAGGGGUAUAGCUUGCUAAGAUUUUUAUGGGAUAUUUUACAAUUUCUCGCAUAAUCGUUUUUUAAAGACCAGGUUUUCAUCAACUUCCGCUUUUCGCUUUACAGGAAGUCGUUGCCACUGCAAAUCAAAGGCGAAUCUCUUCUCCUGCCAGUCCUCAAAUCAGUCCUAGCCCAAGCAUGAGUCUUGGUUUGGACAGAACUGGUGCAAUGACACCUCGCUUCACCAGGAUUGGCACAAUCAUGUCUUCAGCGCCAGGAACGCGAGCUGCAACUGCUGUCAGUGGCUUAACUGACGAGUCAGUCAUCGGUGAUAUCUUUGGUCAUUAUUGCAGUUUGGUUUACCAAGCCGUGCUGGAGAGUAUAGUCUCUUCCUUGCUGAUCAUUGGUGAUUGUGUAAAACCUCCUGGGCGCAAAAAGAGUGGAAUUGAAGUGGAGAGCAGAAAAAUAUCAGGGUUUGUAAUUCUUUGCUAACGAAUUGUAAAAUUAGUUUCUAACGGUAAAUAAAGGAAAAGAAAGUGUAAUGUACUUGUACGUCAGGAAACUGACCUCAAAUAAUAGUGUCACCCUAAAAUCAUGUUUUUAUGUGUUAUUUGAGCAGAUCUUCUUGGGAUGACUCAUCAGACAACGGGUCUGAAAACAGUGAUUAUGCUGAGUCUGUGAGUUCUCAGUAUUCUGAGUGGAGCACGACUAACCAAGAAGAGCUGCUUCAGUUUGAGGUCAAUGUGCAAUUCAACAUUCCAGACAUCGUCAUAAAGCCGUCUCUUCAGACUAUCCAAGAUGGCGUUCAACGUGUUGCUGUACAUUUGGUUGAUGUCUCUAGGACGAUCAUGUGGUGGGCAGCAGAUGUCAAUGAGUCUUUCCAUCGAUCAGUUGCACAAGAUCAUCAAGUGAAUAAAACAUUAGAGGAGCUCUCUACUUCAGUCACAAGUAAUUCAUUUCUCUUUUUCAUUGUACGUGUAUACUGUAUUAAGCACCCUUGCCCAAUACGCCCCAGCUCUUUUAAGCCCCCCUUGCCUUAGUCGCUUGUGCUCUAUUAAACCCCCAUCUAAAAAGCCGCUCCCUCCAUUACGACCUCUGGCCUUAAACGCCUCUGCCCUAUUAUUCCCCUAUCUUAUAAGUCUCUCCCUCCAUUAAGCCCCCUUGCCUUAUACGCCCUUGUCCUCUUAUGCACCUAUCUUAUAAGCCCAUUUUGCCAUUAAGCCCCCUUGCCUUAUACGCCCUUGUCUUCUUGUGCCUCUAUCUUAUAAGCCCAUUUCGCCAUUAAGCCCCCUUACCUUAGACGCCCCUGUACUAUGAAACCCCCUUUGUACGCCCUUGCUCUCUCAAGAUCCUAUUAAGACCCUUCUUUUCCCUAUAACGUCGUAAACAAAUUUAAAAAUCGUUACACUCUUAUUGCACUAUAACCAGGCCUCCAACAAACAGUGGAAAGGCAGCUGUUUAAUUUCCGUCGUUACGACUUCCUUUGGAAGGAUGACAUGCAUGCACUGUACCAGGUGUUUGUCGACAAUGAUCCCGGAACUACCAUGUUUAAGCUGGAGGUAGAGAGACUUCAGGCGAUAGAGCAUGAUGUGGUGGAGAUUCCUGACAGACUUAUGGUGGGCUCAGUAUGUUUGAACACCUCGCCUAUCAAGGACUCCUUACAUGGAUUUGCAGUGGCGUGGAAAAUGAGAUAUUCUACUCAGCUGCACGAAGAAGCUAAGGUGGGUUAGAUUCAAAUUUGUGUUCACUCUCGACGCUUUCUACUUUCACGAUCCUAGCACAUGAAUAACGCACGAAGAACUCAUGUCACCUAUAAACUUUGGAUCGUGUGCAUUUUGCUUACUGUCAUUUUGCUUUCAGAUUGAAUUGGACAAGAUAGUUACGCACCGUAACAACAUCUAUGAGCGACUUUCACAGCCUGUUGUCACUUUAGAUGAACUCAACAGUGCCUUUCAACUUCUCCAAGAACUGGGAGACAUGGAGAACACCAUUGAUGACAUUUACCUACCUGUGGAGAACAUGUAUGGAAAGCUGAGGUACUUGAAAUAGGAGCAAAGCUUUGGUGUUUACAUUAAUAACAUUUUAUCCAAAAUGGUCUUAAACCUGAAGCUAUCCAUCGACAUUUCAAACCUCUGUCAACCUAAAAACUUGACAGGCCUUCAAGGUUAAUAGCCCUUGGAAUCUUUUGUUGAUCUGUGAACAUUACCUCGUUGGUAAAGUUGUGAACAAAGUCAUAAUCAGUUAAUUCAACCUCAGCUUAAGAUCCCCGUAAGAGUAGUUCACAUGUUUAAGGAAUGAAUUUUUGUUUGUGCGUAUAUUUUGCGUGACAAAGUGAACUGUACGUUUCUUCAAACUCUUCCUGUCACUUUAUCAGAGAGUACAACCUGUGUCUUCCACGAAUAGAAGUACAAGAAGUGGACAAUCUACGGGAUGAAUGGGUCAAACUAAUAAAGCUUGCCGAAAAGGUAGGGCGAUAUACAUGCGUUAUUGACCAAGCUCAGGUCAAUAUGGCUGGGUAUCGGCCAAAUUCUUUUCCUUUUCGCGAAUAAACAACAACAACAACAACAACAACAACAACAACGUGGUUAAUAUCCAGUUAUAUUGACUGAACAAGCUUACUCAGUAAAGGAUUUAUUCAAUAACAAAAAAAUUUCGCUUUAUCAAGAAUCAAGAAUGACUUGCUUAUUUCGAGAGAUGGAAAAGAAAGCCAACUGUUUAUGAAGUACAACAAACCCACCAGAGUCGUUUAUGUUUUCUUUAUUUUGACUGUCUUCUACCGCUUUUUGCGACUCCAUCGCCAACACCGCCUAGAAAUUACGUAAAGGUUGAUGAACAAGGUGCAACUUUGUUUCAUGCGACUCGUUCAUUUGAUUUACAAUCUUCAUUAUGUAACGCAGCCUGCGGCCACAACAUGUUGUUGAGUUUAAAACAGAUUUCAAAAUGUUACGAACUUUUUCCUAUGCACAUAACUAAAUUUAGUCUGUCGUCUAAUGUUUCGAAGUAUGCUCGACAAUUUUUACUUCAUUCUUGGCAAGGAACUAUUAGAUAAGUCUUAAAAAAAUUCUUUGCACACCAAAGAAUCUUGAGCCUUAUGUAUAACUUUCUUUUAUCUUAGACACUAUCUAAACAUCUAUUUAAGAUGUCUUUCAUGUCUUCUUUUCGUUUUGUUUUAUGAAAUAUAUAUAGGUCAGAGACGAGUUAUUAGUUCAAAAGCGUGGGAUGUUUGAACAGGAACUAGACAAAGAAGUCAAGGUAAGAGCUGAAGUAAUCUCUCCAGUGCAAAAAUAAAAAUGUUCAAAUUUCUUUGAUGAUGAGUCACUUUCAAUGAAAUUUAAGGAAAUAUUAGCAAACAAACAAAAAACCAAAAAAACUUGUUAUUCGACUCGGGAGGAUCUGAUUCUCCUAAGAUGAUUUCGUUCAAUUUUGCGACCUGAUAGUCUUCGAUAACAGAACUUGUUGAUAAGUUAGGCCACCUACCAGGCCCGUAAGAGACAAGCGUCUUGCAUUCCGGUAGGAUAUGGCAUACUUGAAAUAUAAAUGAAUUUCGUAUGACAUUCUUUCUUCUAGGCGUUUGUUGUGAAUGUGAUUCAGUUCCGGAACAGCUUUGACUCUCAAGGUCCAGGAGUGCCGGGUGUGAGACCAGCUGAAGCUGUAAUGAGAUUACAAGACUUUCAACAACACUAUACUCAGUUUGAAGCCAAGCGAAAGACACUAGAUUCUGUUCAAAUGCUGUUCGGAAUUGUUCCUACACCUUUUGCAGAACUGGACAAAACCGGAGAGGUUGGUUAUGUUGGUGACACGCUAAGAUAUGUUGGCCGAUAGAUGUGAGAUAAUUUCUGACGCGCAUUUUCAAAUAUAAUUAAUUUGUUGUAAACGGACGGUUGUUUCUCUUCACUCUAGUAAUACACCUCUUUGAUGAUGGCCCCGAACGAAACAAGUUAUUCAUUAAUUUUGAUAGCGCAGUACAUGAACAAGUUAAACAGCUUUCGGCAGUUCUCUAUGGUGUACACAGCUUCACAUAUAAAGUGUUAUUUCACCUUUUCUUUUCUAUAGGAACUCGAACUUCUUGGUUUGCUGUACGGUCUGUUUCAACAGUUCAUCUCGUUUGAUCAAAGGUUAGUAGCCAUGUCACGAUCAGCUUGGUAACACGAAUUUGCCGGCAGUGUGUAAAACUGCACUGGUCUAUGUCUCACAUAGGAAGAGUAAAGAAAAGAAUAAACUACCAGUAAAGCAAGCUGGUACUGUUUAGAAUUUUAUUUUCAAACUUUACGCAAAGUUUAAGGUUCCAACAAACUGUGUCUUCUUCAGGUUUAGGGAUACCUUGUGGUCAGAGGUGGAUCUGGUUGUCGCAAAUCAGGAGGUACAGUAAUGUUUAAAACUACAUUACGAUAGUCUCGUUAUCUCAAAUCACUUCCUACAUAACCCAGCUGGAGAAUUUAAGAUUUAGGAGUUUAAAAUAUCCGAGGUAAAGCUGUUACAGUUAAACUUAAAGGACAAAUGCUACUAGGUUUUUAGAUCUUAUUUUCUCCUGACAAGCUUCGUUUUACUUUUUACCAUUUCUGAUAGCAACUUCAGAAAACUACAAACUUGUGGUUGAUUUGGUUUGUCAUCGUUCCUUCUCAGCUAAGUCCAUAAAAGACUGGCCACAAUCAUUGCGUUUUCUUACAAAAACGGAGCUGGCCUGGGCAGUGUUACACUUGCGCUUUUAAGGGAAUAUUCUGAACACAUAUUCCCUCUGUUCGACCCUGAAUCUAAAGAUCACUGUCAGUUCAAGUCUACGCCUAUUGAUCCAUGUUAAACAAGAGACUUUUGUUCGAAGGAACAGAAUUCCAAGCACAAAUUUUAUUUUAGAUAUCAGGUUAAGCUAAGUCUUACAAAACCAUUGGCUUACUAAUGUCAUACCUUAUCCCGGUUUCCAUGGCAUGAAGCGACCAGGAGUAUUGCUUUUCCGCCUGGAUGGAAUGAAAGUCCAUCCCCAGCAGUUUACCCAGUUUCCGUGACAUUCCGCCGGGAGCAAUUUUUACUCUCGGUUGGGUGGAGAGAGAACUCUUAAAAAUAAAGUGUCUUGACCAAGAAAAUGACCCUGGCCGGAGCUGGUAUCCAGUCCUUUCAAUUCAAGAUUCCGAGCCCAGCGCUAGUAUUAAGCGAUCGCAUCUCUCACAUAUACUGAGAAUGUUUCCUUUUUUGUUUUGUUUGGUUGCAGAUGGAGCAUUAUUGGCAAGAGUGCCUUCGUUUGCCUCAGAGAAUACAAGAGUGGGAUGCCUACAAAGAAAUGAGAGAUGCCAUAAAACAUUACCUGGAUGUCUUCCCUACGUUGCACAAACUUAAUUCAAAAGUAUGUACUGGUAGCUUUUUUUCCCACGGUUUUUGCCUCCUGGUGUUUUAGAGAAUUGAAAGUAUUCAUUCUUGUUCUUCUGUAUACGGAUCAGAAGGAAGUGUUUUUUUAGAAACAAGUAUCUCCUUUCUUAAGUUUCAAUUAAGACUCGGUCCUCUGCUUGAAAGAAAGAAAGUCUGAGUAUGCCCUUAUUAAUAGUAGUGAUGAAUUAAAAGUCGAAGGGUUAAAUUUGUUUUUUUUUGCGGUACAGUUCUUUUUAUUCUCGGUUGGUACAAUUAACGUCUUUACUUCUGCUAGGUACAUUCCAGCCUCAUUUGUUACAUAAAUUUGCUAUCCUGAGAAAUCUUUUUUUCGUUGUUUCCUUCAACGUUGUGGCGAUGGUGAUCGCCGCAGAAUAAUUUUAUUAUUAGAGUGUCUUCCUAUAGUUCUCAUGCGAACUCUCCUUUUACUCUUUUGUAGGAGAUUCGUAAUCGCCAUUGGCUACAGGUGAUGAGUGUUACAGGUUCGUCUUUCCAGCUCGAAGCGCACAUCUUCAAACUUGUUCACUUGUUGGAUAUUGGAUUACUUCAGUAAGUGCAAGUUGUUUGGGUUGCGAAUGGUGCCUCUCCAUAUAGGUUUCAGGCAUUAAUGUCGUCGGUGAAAAGAGAAAAUUAAAUAGUAAAUCAUGAGAUCGGUCGUCCAUUACAGUUAGACGGUUAAUUUCAGUCACGAGUCGAAUGUUCAAGCUAGUUUGAAUUUGUGCGACCAACAGCAUUGACAAAAUUAAGUCGCGUCGUCGAUAAAAUUUUUGUCGAAAAGUUUUUCAUGUCGCACGAGGCGGAUUCUUGAGGCGACUUGUCCUUGCGCAAAUUCGAACCACUCUGAAUAGCAGUAAGCAAAAAAUAAGUCGCAGCGACAAAAUUUUCUCAAAUAUUUUUCAUGUCACAUGUGGCGAAUCAACGUUGCGAAUGGUUCCCCCGUCGUGUUGCAGCAAUUUGUGGCCAAGCGUGUCUCGGCGUAAUCCAAGUGUCCACUUAUAUUUGUUUAGACACCAGGCGGCAAUAGAGGAAAUAUGCCGAUGUGCUAGUAGAGAGCUGGAGUUGGAAGCCAAAAUGAGAAGUACUGAGGAGGAGUGGACGGAACAGGUAAAUGUUUAAAGAGCUUCAUCUUCUCGAAAACGGUGGCCUUUAUUCCUUAAGUUUGUAAUUUGAAAUACCUUAAAUAAAAUGUGGUAACACAGCUCUUUAAGUGAUGUUUAUGGCAUUGUUACUAACGGACUCACUAUUUGCAGGUCCUUACCUUUGAAAAUUUCAAGAACAGAGGCUUGGUGUGUCUGAGCCAUAGUAACACUGAACAUCUGUUAGACCUGUUGGAGGAUGCACAAGCCACUCUUGCUCUAAUGCUGACAUCACGCCACAUCGGACCACUUCGUGACGAGGCUGCAGCAUGGGCCAUUAAGUUAAAAGAAAUCAGUGAGGUCCUAGAGCAGGUACGUGAACGUAACUUUCUGUGCUUUUUAUUGGAACUAUAAAUAGGACGCAGCAGUUAGUGGUGAUCUAUUGCUUUUUUUCUGCGCUGCAGUCUCUCGUCAGAUUAAGGAAACGGCGAAUUAUAAUUAUAUAUGUUUGAAAAUAGUUAACGAUAGGGAAUAGUGACACAGUUUUCAAAGUACGGACUUGAUAUGCAAACUGUAUCAAAGCCUCUGUACAUCCAAAAAUAAUAGGACCAAAGAGGAGAUGUACGAUGGGCGAAAUUGGAAAAAAAUUAGAGUGGACCAUUUCCGAAGAAACUUGCUGUUACUUGUCCGUGACUUUGUGAAUAAAUGGCUUUUGCACUCCCAACGUGAAAUUGCUUACAUAAUUUUUUUUGUAGUGGUUGACUGUACAAGAUUUGUGGCAACAUCUCGAGGAGGUCUUCAGUCAUGGUGGAACAGCUAAGGUAAGUGCCAGUUGACGCUAGUGCUCGUUAAGCACGAGUUUAUCACGUGUAACAUACCUUUCCACUUUUCAUGCAGGACCUUCCACAAGAGUAUAAUCGGUUUGCAAGAGUAGACAAGAGCUACAUGAAGAUGAUGAAAAGAGCGUAUGAAACAAGAAAUGUUUUACAGGUAUUGAAGCAAGCGAGUCAAUUUAAAUUUUUUCCUUAAGAGUCAGCAAUAGUGCGCCUUUCUAAAGAGCAACGGUAGUCCACUCGGCAGCGUUUCAAUGAAGGGAAAAACGAUGGACAUUGAAGAAAAAUGCUUUUCAUUCGCCAAUCUCACGAGGAUGGACGUUUGGACCUUCGAAUUUCGUGGUCCGAUAUUAUCGCUAAGGUCCAACAAUUUGUUGGUGAGCAAGGUCAUGUAAUAGGUUCAUCUGUGACAAGGCAUCUUUUAUACUGUUCGGUUCAACAAUGUAGAAAGCGUCACGUUUGUUGAGAGAUUAACCAAGAUUAUAAAUGAUGCAUGGAGACUAUGGAUACACUCAGCUGUAGAGGUCUGGCAAAGUAGAAUUUGAGGUAAACGUUGGACCCCAAUUACACGUUACAUGUUUUGCGGCUCAUAUAUUGCAGACAACCCCAAUUUUAUCUUAUAUAUGGAAAUCUUUAUUUAGCUUUUAGCCCGAAGGGUUAUGUUAACAUUUCAUGUGUUGGUAUUUAGUGCUGUGUUGGUGGCGAUGUCCCGAAGAGUCAAGUGUUAAAACAUCUUGGCGAGGAGUUGGAGAUCUGUUUUAAGUCGCUUGUUGGAUUCCUGGACUCUAAAAGAAAGGUAAACCGAAACCUGAAAUGUUACAUUGUCGUGCUUGUUGUACGUGGCGUAAAGGACUGAUCUUCGUUUGUUCCUUACAGGUUUUCCCUCGCUUCUGUUUUGUAAAUGACCCAGUUUUGUUAGCAAUUCUAAGUCAACCCUACAGUUUGGAUUCUGUGAAACCAUACUUCAGGUAGGACCGAACUUAAAUAAUAGCCGGUAAUUGUUCCAAUUUCUCGUAAAUAUUUGGGUCCUUUCUUAGAGAAAUUUUUAUCCGUGCCAAACUUCUCCAUUCUUUUUGGUUUACUCUUGCCUGUUCUUAGGGGCCGGGGGGAGAUGCGGGGGUGGAUUCCCCCUCCCCUUCCAUCAAGCCUUUGGUUCUUCCACUACUUGUCUCCAACCAAAAUUCUCCCAAAGACAGAAUCGCGAAUUACUACUCGAUAUGAAGUAUUUGAAAUUUACCUACAUGAAACAUUUUAUAUCUUAUUUAGGCUCUAGUGUUAAAAAAAUGUGUUUUCUGGAUCAAAGCUUGGACCCUCCCCCAACAAAAAUUUCUUGCAUGUGCCCCUGCUUGUGGUAUUUAUCUACCCCGGAAGACGUUAAUUCAAACUUUCACUUUGAUUGAAAAUAACUUUCGAGGACUAAGCAGCUCACGUAAGGAUUGCACCCCUUGUUGCUUUGUGUUUGAGCAAACAUCUCACGAAUUUCUUUUCUUCAAUUUUUUUUCCAGAUGCAUCUUCAACAGUGUACGUGACGUGAUGUUAACUCAACAAGAACCAGAAACAGUGGCUCAGAAGAAGAGCUCUAUGCUAAGUUCAUUGCGGAGUAGGAGUGGCAGGGAGGAUCUAAUCUCGCCACUUCCUUAUGCUGAUACAUUUGGGAGUCGUUUCAGGAAGAUUUCUGACAUUGUUGUCCAAGCUUCGAAAGAAUCAGUUCCGGGAGUACGGAAGCCAAGCAUUUUGACCUCGACCCUAGAUGCGCGAAACGCUGAACCCGAUUGGCAUAGUCAUCUUCCCAAUAAUCUCGCUGUAGCUGUAACCUCAGAGCAGGGAGAAACUCUAGAACUUAUCACAAAGGUGACAUCUGUAACUAGAUUAAAAAUAACUGGAAAUCGAAAAGGGCAUGAUAGAUUGAUAGGUAGUAUUCUAGCUCGCUGACCAAAAGGAUGUGUUUCUCUUUACCACCUUUGCAAAGAACGCUAGAUGUUAAGUUGAAAAUCAUUUCGAAUGUUACUCGACCAUUAUCCCUUUUUUGUUGGCUCAGUAUUCCCCCUAUGUCAAGCCUGCUUAUUACUUUCCAACAUUCUUAUCGCUAAUCCUUAUGUGACCCAAGUGUUCGCACGAAUUUUAAGGGCGCGGCACCACGUGGUCUCCUCACUCUCAGCUCUCUUACCUGCGUCCAUUUCUCACGUCAAUUGUUUUUAGCAGUGUAUUAAUCGAAGAAAUUACAAGAAAAUAAAGGGUGCUUGAUAGUUUUUUCAAAUAGAAAAACGGAGAAUAGGUUGUGUCAGUUGCUGUUUCUUUAGUGAUACUUCUUUUAGUUCUCCCCUUGCAACCGUAUUUAUUGUAUGUCUGAUGAUAUUCAAGCGCUUGAACAGCAUUUUUAUGUUGUGUAUCUUUUCUGAUCGUUAAUGAUUCUAGGUUCCCCUUGUCUCCAGUGUUGACGUGUGGUUGGCUGCGUUGUUGAGGAGUAUCACUGAAUCUCUGCGAUCCUCCAUCGUAGAUUGUAUUCAGGAUAUUGACUCAGGACUUAUUCUAGAAGAGUGGAUUUUCAAGGUUUGUCAAGGCAUAAAUUAUCAAUAACUCAGUGUUUUCCCUGAUUGACUAAGGCUUAUUUCUAAGAGUCUUUAGAGAAUACAUAAGAGAAAUUGAACUUCUCAUUGUAUCAACGAUGUUCAGCUGAAAAGGAAAAGAAUUAGCCAUAUCAAUUUUAGAAUUGCACUUAAAAGCGCAGAUGCCCGUAAUUCACACGCACAUCUUAAUUUUCGCUCAGUGAGACGAAAAGCUGUAACGCCUCAUGUUAUGUCCUUAGCUUGGCUAGCCGUGAACAGGUAACUACUUUUGUGUGGUGGUUGGUGGGCCUGUCGUAUGGUCGUGAAUAAUAGUCUCUCACAGUUGGCGUUUCUCACAUGACUUUCUGUUUCCAGUAUCCUUCACAGGCCUGUAGAUUAGGACUGCUUUACAUCUGGACAAGGGAAUGUGAGGCUGUAAGUGUCUACGUGCUGUUGUACGUGCCUAUACUAUAUAAACUGCAUUCGUUUAGGAUAUGACAUAGUCUAAAAGUAUAUCGCUUAAGUUAUCGUGGGGUGUUGAAGAUGAUUGGUCAGCGUUUAUUGAGAAUCCAUAUUGAUGACUGAAUCAGUUAGCCUUGGUGUCAGGUUUAUAUGGGGAUUUCAAGCCAAAUCGAAGUUUGUCAGUUAGAUAGCGUUGUUUAAAAUAAUUGGUCGUUUGUUACAAAUAAAGCAUAAGUAUUGGAUUGGUUCGUAUACGUUUAUCUAAUAACUUGAAAAGCAGCUGUAAUUAUUUCCAUGUAUGAAUUUUACUUCAUAGCACGUUUUCACGUCUUUCUCUGUUAGGGCAUCGGAGAUAUUCGUAUUGACCGUAAAGCAAUGCCCAACGCCUCUCGUCGGUUUUGGUCACUUAUCAGCAAGCUGCCAAACCUCCUGGCCAGAGGUUCUUGGAAACACACUGACUCUCCCAUGACUUCCUAUCAUAAACUGCGACUGGAGACCUUGGUCUCGGUGAGUAAAAUUAAUGCACAAUCAAUACCGUAAUCUCACCAGCAUUACAACUGGUGGGAUUACGGCACUGGAAUACACAACGAUACAGUGUCUAGCCUGCUAGACUCGGGGUGAAGAGGUCACGGUUCGAGCCCAGGCCGGGGUUAUAAUUUACAUGUUGUAUGUUUUGUUUUCUCGAGGAAGACUCUUCACUCUUACAUUGCCUCCACACUUGAUCUUUAACCCUUUAACCCUUCCACUCCCAAGAUCUCAUUACUAAUUCUUCCUACUUUCUGCCAUAAAAUACUCAUGACGCCAAUUGGGAGAAUUUGGUAUUGGAUCAACUUGUAGCCCCCUGAUUAAGUUUUCUUCUUUAUUCUCCUCACUUGUCUGCCUGAUACUGUAUUAAUAUUGUAAGGAGAAAUUCUCUCUCGGUCACUCAUGGGAGUUAAAAGGUUGAAUACGAAAUGCUUUGGGUAAAAAAUACACCAGCACCCACCCAAAACGCGAAGCAAUAGUCGCAAUUUGUUUCAGACUCUGCAACUAGUUAAAGCAGCUAUUCUAGUCAGUCCCUCAUGAGAACUUCACUUUCCACAGCAAGGAAUGUACUUAAGAGAUGUUCUCGAAGACCUCGGUAGGCGCAAGCUUAGAGAUGUAGUGGACUUUGAAUGGAAGAGAAAUAUCAGGUUCUAUGGAACAGACAAUAGCAGAGCACCUGGUUAGUGAAUCUUUAGCCUAUUAUGUUGCUUAGAGAACUUUCAACUUCGCAUAAAAACGCUUCUGAAACUCGUAUUAAUUUGUACAGUUUGAAGGAAGAAAAAACGCAUGAAAUGUAAAAUAUAAAAAAAGAUUGGCAACCAUCUACCCACUUUCUGGAAGUUACACGUACAGCUGUAGAAGUGACAUUUCUGUAUCAAAAGGAAUAUACACUAACCAUGCACUUAAAUAAGACAAAUGCUUCUAGAAUAUGAUAAAAAAGAGCAUUUAACUUGAAAGAAACCACAUGAUAUCAAGUCAAAAUGAUGGAAAGACACCAAAGACAGAAUAAUAAACGCAUCAAAAAAUAACGAACUCGAAAACAUUUAGCCCGAUUUUUCAAAAUGUAGAUACUGUAAAAUUGUUACUUAUAAAAUAUCCAGUUACUGACUAUGCGUUACUCUUUAGGGAGG